AUGGACAAAUAUAUCGGUACACCACAAGCAAGCGAUGCCUCCUUCUUCACCAAGGCCCUCGAUAAUCUUGACUCCCUCUCGCCUGAGAAAUCAUUCGCUGUUCCCGCGCGUGGAGCAGAUCUAAUCAGUCAGAUGCGAAGUGCGAAGGGACGUGGCAUGAACCUGAAGACUCCCAGAGCCGGCGGUCGAGAUCCACUGCGACUUCUUCCCAACGGCGAGCAUGGGAAACCCGAGUUCACUCCACUGAUGAGGAGUGUCACAAAGAAUAACAUUGCGAGACGGCUAUCUAGUAAAAAGCCCGGCACCGCAUAUACACCACGACAUUCCUUGCUGAAACCAGGUGACCUUUCUACCCUUGACCCCGAAAACACUUCCAGUUCGGCAGGCAAUAUGGCCGACGAUACACCUAUGCCACAUCAAGCUAGCAGUGCACAGAGUACACCGCUGGCCCAACUUCCUACGCGUGACGCUGUUGGUCUUGUCAGCGAUGGCAACAUGAUGACAUUACGAGAACAAGAGAACAUCAUUGACAAGAUUGAGAAAGAGAAUUUCGGGCUCAAGAUGAAGAUUCACUUUUUGGAAGAGGCUUUGUCCAAACGCGGCGGCGAAUUCAACCAAGCUGCUCUGAAGGAGAACACAGACUUGAAAGUCAACAGAAUCACAAUGCAACGUGAAUUACAUAAAUUCAAGAAGAACAUCGCUCAAGCCGAGAAGGACGCGGAGGUUUACAGACUACAACUUGAGGAAUUCAAAGAACGCAUCAGGCGAAAACAGGUUGACGAAAGUGUUCGAGUCGAGCUUCACAAGCUCCGCUCCGAAGUUGAAGCGAAAGACAAAAAGCUCAAGGUGAUGGAGCGCGAGUCGAGUCAAGCUGCCCAGGAAGAACACUCACAAAUCCAGAAAUUGAAGGAUGAACUCGAUGACCUGCAAGCUGAACUUCGAGAAAAGGAUCGCCUAAUCGAUGAGCGGGACGACCAGAUUGACUCGCUCAAAGCAGAAGUCAACAAGGAUUCCAAUGAAGUCGUUGAGGUGGAAGAGGAAUUGCGAUACGCCAAAGAAGAGGUUGAACAUCUCAAGCAAACCCUCGACCGGGUCAAAUCAGAGCUUCAGGGGGCAAAAGAAGAGCGGGAGGAGGCCAUUGACGACAAGAGGAGAGCCGAAGAAAACUUGGACGAGCUCCGUGAUGAGAUGGCCAACAAAUCCUUCACCACCAAAGGGCUAAGCAGGCAGCUGGAGGAGAAGGCGAACAAGCUAGAUGACGACUUCCAGGAUCUGCAGGAACGAUAUGAAGCUCUUCAGGCAGAACUUGAUUCCAAGUCGGAUGCCGAGAGGCAGUUGCGAGACCGAGUUCGUGAACUGGAGAAGGAAGGAGCUUCAGAAACACGCAAGGCCCAUCAAGAACUCGAACUUUCCCAGCAGCAACGCGACACUCUCGAACGUAAGCUCAACAACAUGGCCAAGCAACUCGAGACGGCCGAACGAGACUUGCAAGAAAAGACCGAUGAAAAAGAUUUACUCCAAUCUCGUCACGAUGCAUUGACUAGGGAGUCUGCAGAACUUCAAAAAGAUCUUGUCAAAUUGCAAAAGGCCGUUCGUGAGCUUGAGAAAUCCCUAGAAGAAGAACGACAGCAGUCUGCACACAACGACAACUUACUGCGAACAAACCACAAGCAUGAGCUCGAUCUCCUCAAUGAACAAAUUGAUGGUCUUCACCGCGAGGUCAACAGCAAAGAGAAUGCACAUGCAGCUGAUUUGGAGGAAUGGGAAGCUCAAAAACAUUCACUCGAAAGUGCUUCUCAGAAAGCUGAAGAGAAGGCCAAAGGUUUGCAACGAACAGUAGACAAACUUCAGGACGCUCAAGGAACACUGUCUGGCCGUGAGAUGAAGCUACAAGAAGCACUUGAGAGUGAAAAUGAACGUCAUAAGCAAGAAGAGAAGAUUCUGUCCAAGGAAAUUCAAGAAUUACAGCAAGAUCUUACGGCGAAGCGCCAAGCUGCAGACGAGAGUCGAAAUGAGCUCAACAAUGCAAGGGAGGAACUCCGCAUUUCUAUCCGUGAGCAAGCAUCACUAAAAGAAAAGGUGGUAGAGCUUGAGGAUGAGAUCGAAAUCCUCCAAGCUGACAUUGAGCAAGAGCAUGAGGUUGCGCAGAUGCAGCAACAAAAGUCUUCUAGCCACGCUGAUGCCCAAGUACAAAAGCUUCGACAAGAAAAGCAAUCCUUGCAGGAGCAACUCGCCAAUGCCAACACGGAACUCAAAGAUGCCCGCUCAGCACUGAACUCCGCCGAGCGCGAUCGUGAGGAGCUUGAGAAGAAGUUCGAGAAAAUGCAGAAUUCCAACGACGAUACUUUCAAUAUCGAUCAAGAAAAGCGCGAGCUCAAGCGAGCGAAGGUCAAGCUCGAGAAAGAGGUUAUGCGUCUGACAUCCGAGCGUGACGUGUUGACACAAGCAAACAAUGUCCUCGAGAAUGAGAUCAACUCGGAAAUGGACCGAGCCAAUGAAGAGGAGAAUCGUUUGAACACAGAGAUCGAGACUCUCCGCAAGCAGAAAUCCUCAGGGACGGACAUCAGAGACAGAGAACUGACUUCUGCUCGGAAUAAGGUGGCUCGACUGGAAAGUCGGGUGAAAGAUCUGGAGCAGAUGGUCGAGAAUCAAUCAAAAGUGAUGUCUCCUGCCACCAACGUAUCUGUGCUGCGGGAUGACCUCACAGAGGCGAGGGAGAAUCUAACUUCGUACGCCAAACGUGAGACAGAAUUGAAAGCGUCAAACCGAGAUCUCAAAAUGCGAGUAAAUGAUCUCGAGAAAGACCUGCACGAAGCCAGACUUUCACAGUAUAGGGCUCAAUCUCCAUCUGUCUCACCACCACCAUCGCAUUCCAAGGAAUUGGCACAGAUUCGUCAGAAUCUCAUUGACGCUCAAAGGGAAAUCAAAGUCGUUUCGUCGGAGAAUCGCGAGUUGAAACGUGCAGCACGACGAUCAUGUUCGAACGAGACAGAGUUUGCAGCCCUGCAAACUGCAGCCCGGUCUCGACUCGAUGAAGUUGAGAGUCUGAACGAAAAGCUCUCCGAGCAAAACAAGAUUGUAGAUGAUCUUCGAGAGAAGUUGGAACUCCUCCAAGAAGAGCACGAUGACAACCAGGACUUGGCUGCCAGCAUCCGCAAGCGUGACAGACAAAUUCAGGACCUCAAACAGCAAGUCAAGCAUCUCCGGGAGGAGCAAGGGGAUCUAAGCGAUGUAUCCAUACGUUUGUCAGCUCGUGAGGGGGAAGCUCAAGAAAUGAAACGAGAGCUGAGACGGCUUCGGGACGAACGUAGCCUGGCCAAAAAGAGAGCCGAUGAAGUUGGAACGGAACUGGACGCUUUGCAAAGCAAGUACGAAGGGAUAUUGGAGAAAUUGAGCUCCGGGAAAUCGUCCAAAGACGAUAUCCGCGAGAAAGAGAUGAGAGGCCUUGUUAAAGAGAUAAUGUGGUUAAAGGCUAAGUGCAAGAGAGAGGAGCGCCUCAGAAAAGACCUCGCCUGGAGUAAAGGAUUCCUUGAGCAGGGUGAGGUAAUGAGAUCCCAGUGCAAUCAAGUCGAUCUUCGAAUUCUGGGUGAGAUGGGCGUCUCACUCGAGCAACGCAAAUACGAGUCAAAGCUACGACCGGUACAGAAGUUCAGAGCGGGUGUUUUUGCAGUUAUCGCUGCCAUCCGGAUGAGUAACAUGGAGGAGUCUUGGAGAGAAGCCAAAAUAAUGGGCGAAGAGCUGAGGUUAAUGCGCACAAAGCAGAGCAAAUCACGCACAAGGGUGCGCAUUCUGGAAGUGUGA